AAUAUUACAUUGCGGUUAUUUCCUUUAAUAGCUAAAUUGGAAAUGAACGUCCUUGUAUUAUUAAGGCUCAUUCUUGUUACAUAAAUCAUAAUUGUUAAUAUGGCCAUGAUAAGUUUAAUUGGAGGUAUAGUAACCUGCCUGCCGCCCGGUGUGCCGGUGUAUGGUUAGCCGUGAUGUUCGAUGGUUAUACCCCCCCUUCCCCCCCCUUUAUGUUCAACUACUCUACUGAGGGUUGGUGAGUCACGUCACGUGACCCACUUUACCUGUAUGCUCAAGGUUGAGGGACGAGCAGUGAAGAAGUAGCAGCCAACGAGAACACUCCUGCUCGUCUCUGAACGGGUCAACGGCGACGGAAAUAGAUCAAGAAAGCUCAAGAUGAUUAAUAACAUGACACAACGUAAUUAACAUAGGACAGAAGAACAGGCAACACAUGAUAACAGAAAAGGUAACUCAGAACAGAAAAGCAAUCAGCACAAGACAACACAACAGACAACGUAAACUAAAAGCAAAAUGUCUGAGGAAUCCUGCAAAUGUCCUGUGAACUCCACAGAAUCUCUGCCCACAGCCCCACGUACAGCAGCUGAGGAGGGAAAAGUGCAGCAUGUUCGUGCAUGGCUCAAUGCUGGUGGUGACAUCAACGCUCCUACCAUAGUCUCUGAUGCUGCUGGACCUGGUGUGACUCUUCUUUCCACUGCUUGUAGCCAUAAUCAAGUCAAGGUUGUGGAAGAAUUGCUGAAGAAUCCCGUGAUACAUCUCAAUACCUGCCACAUUACAGAGCAUGGUACCAACUGUACCCCGCUCUGGAUAGCAGCCUUUUAUGGUUAUGAUGACUGUGUCAGUUCCCUCCUUUAUUCAAAACUCAAG